CCAAGGGGCUGGCGCCUCCCGCCUCGCAGGGACCGUCUGGGGCUGGCGGUGCGGACUUGUGGCAGCCGGUGUCCAGGGUAGGGCGCGCCGCGCACCUGGCCGGAUCCCCGCGGGCCACUGCGCCCGGCGUUGAACUGCGGGGACCCGAGCGGCAAGGAGGGUGCACGGAGCUCUCUCCCCUUCUCAAGCAAGCGGCGAGGCUCCGAUUGGCAAGAUGGUGCCCAGCUCUCCGCGAGCACUCUUCCUCCUGCUGCUGCUCCUCGCCUGCCUGGAGUCGCAGGCUUCCCAGAACUGUCUGAGCAAACAGCAGCUCCUCACCGCCAUCCGCCAGCUGCAGCAGCUGCUGAAGGGGCAGGAGGCACGCUUCACAGAGGCCCUGCGAGGCGCGAGGAGCCGCCUGGCCGCGCUGCAGCGGUCCGUGAGCAGGCUGGCACCCGACGCCCCGCAAGCUUCCUGCCCGCCUCUGAAUGCCCCUCCAGAUGGCAGAAAGUUUGGAAGCAAAUACUUAGUGGAUCACGAAGUUCAUUUCACCUGCAACCCUGGCUUCUGGCUGGUCGGGCCCAGCAGCAUUGCGUGUUUGCCCAAUGGCACCUGGACAGCAGAGCGGCCCCGCUGCAGAGAGAUCAGCGAGUGCACCAGCCAUCCUUGUCAACAUGGUGGGACGUGUGUAGAAGGGCCCAACCAGUUCAGAUGCCUCUGCCCCCCAGGAAGGACUGGGGGCCGCUGUCAGCAUCAGGCCCAGACUGCGGCCCCUGAGGGCGGCGUGGCUGGCGACCCCGCCUUUAGCCGCGCGCCCCGCUGCGCGCAGGUGGAGCGGGCGAAGCACUGUAGCUGUGAGGCCGGAUUCCACCUGAGCAGCGCGGCGACCGGGGACGGCUGGUGCCAGGACGUAAACGAGUGUGAGCUGUAUGGGCAGGAGGGGCGCCCCCGACUCUGCAUACACGCGUGCGUGAAUACCCCAGGCUCCUACCGCUGCUCCUGCCCCAGCGGGUACCAGACCCUGGCGGACGGGAAGAGUUGCGAGGAUGUGGAUGAAUGUGCUGGCCUGCAGCAGGUGUGCCCCCGGGGGACCAUGUGCAUCAACACCCGGGGUGGCUUCCAGUGCGUCAGCCCCGAGUGCCCCGAGGGCAAUGGCAACAUGAGCUAUGUGAAGACCUCUCCCUUCCAGUGUGAGCGAAACCCCUGCCCCAUGGACAGCAGACCCUGCCGAAAUACACCCAAGACCAUCUCCUUCCAUUACCUCUCUCUGCCCUCCAACCUGAAGACACCAAUCACACUCUUCCGCAUGGCCACAGCCUCAGCCCCUGGCCAACCUGGGCCCAACAGCCUGCGGUUCGGGAUUGUGGGCGGAAACAGCCGUGGCCACUUUGUGAUGCAGCGUUCUGACCGACAGACAGGGGAACUGAUUCUCGUUCAGACCCUGGAGGGGCCUCAGACACUGGAGGUGGACGUUGACAUGUCAGAAUACCUGGACCGCUCUUUCCAGGCCAACCAUGUGUCCAAGGUCACCAUUUUUGUGUCCCCGUAUGACUUCUAAGAGUGCCAUGGGAGCACAAGGGUGCAGAUAUCUCGGCUGAUUUCCCUUCCCCAAGGACUCAGCUGAGGACACAGACUUCGACAGACAUCUUUCUCCUCUGCCUGGUCCUUGCUCACCCCCGUUUGCCCAGGCUUCUAGGGCAAUGCCACACUGUCCCAUGCCACAGCGGGACACAGAAAUCCAAACUUCCGCCAUCAUGGUUUUUCAGAAUGCUGUGUGAGUGGCACUGUGAGUUUCAAUUAGCUGGGGAGAGAGAAUUGGGAAUGUGUGCCUGAGAUGAUGGCCAGCCAUUCUGCAUUGUUAUAGCCAAGGCUUGUUAUGAAGUGCUUUUAGCUAUGCUGAGGGUCUAGUCAUGCCUCUGUGUGCUUAUGUAGGAGGCAGUUUCCUCCCAUACCAAGCAUGUGGUUCUUGUCCACAUCCCCUCUGUGACACACCUGCCAGCCUUCUGAACAGAGAGCCAUGGGAGGGCCUGUGAGCCACACACAUCCUCCAGAUGCAGGAACUGUCAUGAAAACUUAGAUUCUGCCUGAAUUACUUCCCUUUUGGGAAACUGUAUCUCAAGAACAUAACCUGGUAUUACAAGUGAAGAAAUAAAGCUGGUCACUCCUCCCUGUC